AGAUGUUGGAAAAUGAUUUAUUGAUGUUUUGUUUUUUUCGUCUACAGAUCUCAUUAAGACAGAGAAAAUGAUUGUCUAUUGCCUGUUCCUGUUACUUCCUGUAUGCCUGGCGUAUCCCAGCUUCCAAGAGCAAAUUCCAAAUGGUAAAAACGUCAAGCAUCCCUGUAUAGCUAACUCAACAUGGCCAGGUGUCGGACAUCAGAACAAAAAUGGAGGCGGUGCAAGAAAUCCAUUUGGCCUUGCUUUUGCUGAUGCUGGAUUUAAGUGGACAAAAGCUUUGUGUGCAGCGGACACUGACGGGGACGGCAGGACUAAUGGAGCAGAGCUUGGUGACCCUUCAUGUGUUUGGACUCCAGGUCAAGUACCAGCACGCACGACUAAUAUCACACACCCAGGUGUCUGUGAGCCCAUGAGUUCUACUCAAUGUCAAGGCAAAAACAGUUUUGUCUCGUGUGUAGACGACAGCUUCGCGGCGAACUGUGAAAUCGUUCAAAACACAGAUGUGAAAUAUGUCGAUCUCAGGAUGCCAACCAUCUCAAUCCCAGCAGUCGAUACAACCUACAUGUGUCUGUCCUUCAAUCUGCCUAAAGACCAGGACUACCACAUCGUAGCAGACAAACCAAUCAUCGACAAUCUUAAUGUAGUGCAUCACAUGAUGCUGUACGGCUGUGACGAAAGUGUCAGUGAGUUCAUCUCCACACCAACAGAGUGUGAAAUGAGCAAAUGUACAUCGAUCCUUUGCGGAUGGUCGGUGGGUGAAACUGGAGAGUGCUAUGAUGCAGGUGUUGGCUUUAGGAUUGGUGUGACUGGAUUCAAGAAAGUAGUACUGGAGAUACACUACAACAAUCCUAAACUGGUGUCCACCUACAAAGACUCUAGUGGUCUGCGUGUCUACUACCGUCCAGCCAGACCUGAGGUCCUUGACAUGUUUAUGAUGAUGGUUGGACAGACUAUGUUACCUCUACCACCAGGUCAGGCAAGAAUCGAGAAAGUUGGCACCUGUAAAAGUUCGUGUACAUCUAUGAUCUUAAAAGACAAAGUUUACAUUAAUAGUGGAUCUAAUCACAUGCACUAUUUAGGAAGUUCCAUGAAGGUUCAACUUUUUAGGAAUGGUUCUUUAAUUGCGGACUUGACCAACGAGGAGUCAUACGACCUCGAGACACCUGUAUCUUUUGAUUACGAUCAGCCGAUUCUGAUGUUGCCUGGAGACGAGAUUGUCACCAGAUGUGUUUUUAACAGUGAGUCCAGCGACGACUGGGUUUACUAUGGUGAUGGUACAUCUGACGAAAUGUGUUAUGGCUACCUGACUAUGUACCCCAGGAGCUCACUAAGAUCAACUCAACAAAAUUGUGUAGCCACCUCGACUCUAUCAGCCUGUGAACUGGCACAGGGAGUAGCCUAUAACGGCUGUGACUGGAAGACUCUGAUCAAACCUGGCAACCCAUCCGUGACCCAGAUGAUAAAUGAACUCUACGAUAACUGUGACUACGGCGAAACGUGCAUACCAGAAUGUAAAGCAGUCAUCUCGAAAAUUGCGUCCUCCAAUGUUUGCUUCCAGGGUAACAACUUGCAGUUCUUGAGGAGCCUCGCGGAUGUGACUGAGCAGGUCUUUGAAAUAGUUGAGCAUCUGCAGUGGUGUCCAGUGACAGUUGGAUAGCCAAAUCGUCAGGACUAUCAAGUCUUCAGGACUACCUAGUCUUCAGGACUACCAAGUCUCGUUAAAACGUCAACCAGCAUUACAGUUCUAUUAGAUCUAUGUAAAUACUUCAAUUGUUGUAUUCUACUCGACUAUGUUAAUUUUACAAUGAGAUUUCUAUGGCGAGAGCAUUAAAUUAAAAGCCCACAUUGAUUUCCUGCUGUCAUUAUUUCACUUGUCAUAUAUGCCCCCCCCCCCCCACUUUCGAUUGUGUGUUUCUAAGUGAAGUUGGUAAAGAAUGAGCUAUCUGAAAUGUUCGCUUAGAAACUACUGUCUACUUUUAAAGACGUCACUUUAUGCUGUACCAAAACAAAAAUACUAAAAAAACAAAGAAGGCCUUUAGUAAGUGUAAUUGUAUCAAUUAGUUUAAAUCUGUCAUGCAAUUAUAUAAAUGAUAUCUUACAACAGAAUAAAUAUGUUCCCAAUUUA